UCCUAACUCUCGCUCUCUCUCUCUCUGGUCUCUUGUUUCUGGAGUCUCUCUCUCGCCGGUUCCUUCACUCAUCCCUUCCACCUCUACACGCACGGCCCUCUGAUAUUCAUUGUUUAAGGGCGACCUAAACAUCUAAUUAUUGUUGUCACGCGAAGUUAAUUCCAGGGGGGCAACGCAGUGGUAACACUCGCCGUGAGGUUUGUACAUUCUCUCUCUCUCUGUUCUGUUUGGAUAUCCUCCAGUUUCCCCUCAUAGCUAAUAAAACGAAAAUCAAAUGGUGUAAUUGGUGUUGGCCCAAAAACAUCCCAGUACUGAAAAAUGACCUUUCGAAUGACUCCACUUGGGGACAUCCCCGCUGCGUGGACGCCCUUGCAGGCCGACACGAAGCCGGCCGGCGCGCCGGAGCCUCCGGCGGAGUCGCCGGGACGCCGCCCGGGCGAGGGGGACGCCGAGCGGACGGGGACGCGGGGCUCCGCGGGACGAGGCUGGGGCCCUGACGCCUCGGGCCCAUCGUGGGCCGGAGGCCCCGACGAAGUGCGCACGCUGGAGGAGUGCUACCGGCGCCUCGGCCGGCUGGAGCUCGCGCGGCUCGCGGCAGAGUCCGAGAGCAGCGAGGACAGCAACAGCGACCCCGAGCCAGAGGUCAAGCCGGAACCGGCACGGAGGAGACGGAAUCGCAAAAGGCACCGGGGUCCUCGCGCUCCAGGGCGGCUGCCCCCACUGGGGGGCCGGGUCCCCAAAGGCCCCCCCGACACGACAGACGCGCCCGCUGGCAGAGGACAGGAGCAGCUCCCAGGAUCGGCUCGCCCGGUGGUCGUCGGUGGCGGUGACGCCGGUGGCAGCGGUGCGAUCUGCCGGCUGCCGUCGGGGUUGGCGCCGCGGUCGUACCCGGCGUUUGUGAACCGCUACCUGCACCGCACCAACCGUGGCAUCCCCAUGUACGCGCAGGAGCGCGUGGCCGAAAGGGCGGCGCGGAGACAGGAGGAGCGCAGGAACUUCGAGAGGAAGGAGGAGCGCUGUGAGCCGACCGCGCCGCUCCUGGGACGGGAGGUGCUGUCCGACUUGCGUUACUGCAGCCUCGUGUCCAUCUGGCCGGCGAGAGACACUCCGGGCCGUCGUCCCGGCCCCAGGAAUUCCCUGUCCAGCCCCUCCUCGGUUCCAUCCCGGCCCCAGCUCCCACGAGAGUCAGCGACAGGGGGAGGUCGAGCCUGAAGCUUGGCGAGCAUCGGUUACGAGUGAAGCUGCCUAGGAUGAAUCCUCAACGUCGUCAUCGUCAAACGUGAUCAGUCCACUGCUGGAUCAAGGUCUCCCCGAGACAGAGAGAGAAGAGUGGACUGGAGCUGCAGGGCAGAGAUGUGAGCGAUGAUGUUCAUGUAGUCAAUGUGUGAAUGGAGAAAUGCGUCGACGAUUAAGUUAAUGUGUUUGUUUUAAGUGCGGUUUUUUUUUACAUUUCUUAAUCUGUUUUCUCAAUGCAUUACAUUUUUUUUGCUGCCGUGAGACAAACGAUCCACGCGUAAAUGUCUCAGCAGCGUACCUCAUGGGUCUGAGAAGUGGAUAUCGCAGAGCUACGUCUGAGAACCCUUCAGGUGACCUCUUACCCACACAGUGGAGCGCAGCACUCAUCGACCCACACGCUCUGCGCACGGUGCUCAAACCAAUACAAACAAAAUAAAACAUCCUUCAAGUGGCUUUGUUAUUCUUUACACAACAGGACAAAGACAAAUAUCCCCCGCAUAGCCUUCAACAGGCUGUUGGUGCAAGUGCUGUUAGCGAGCGCCUGUAAAUGCCAGGACGGCACAUGACGGGGUGAGUGGCCAACACCACGCCCGGUCACAAUCGGACGCACACCACUGCGCUGUGAGAUUGUGACAUGUCAGUCGAACUGAUAUGGGGGUUUAAAAAUAAAGACGUCAAAACAUUCUCACAGCUGCGAUGUAGCCAAAUAAAGUGCAAAUCCUAAGCGAA